AUGACGUCCAUCCUCUCUGCCCUUCUCUGCCUCGGGCUGAGUCUGGACCAGAGGACCCGUGUGCAGGCAGGGCCCUUCCACAAACCCACCCUCUGGGCUGAGCCAGGCCCUGUGAUCAACUGGGGGAGCUCCGUGACCAUCUGGUGUCAGGGGACCCCAGAGGCUGAGGAGUACCGUCUGUAUAAAGAGGGAAGCACAGCAUGGUGGUACCAACAGAAGACACUGGAUCCCGGGGACAGAGCCAAGUUCUCCAUCAGACACACGACAAAGCCUGAUGCAGGGAGAUAUCGCUGUUACUAUCGCAGUCCCAGUGGCCGGUCAGAGCCCAGUGACCCCCUGGUACUGGUGGUGACAGGAACCUAUAGCAAACCCAGCCUCUCAGCCCUGCCCAGCCCUGUGGUGACCUCAGGAGGGAAAGUGACCCUCCAGUGUGGCUCAAGUUGGGAUUUUGAGAGGUUCAUUCUGACUAAGGAAGGAGAUCACAGGCUCUCCUGGACCCUGGACUCAUGGCCACAGACAAGUGGACAGUUCCAGGCCAUGUUCCCUGUGGGCCCCGUGACCCCCACACAGAGGUGGAGGUUCAGAUGCUAUGGCUGUUACAGGAACAGAUCCAAUGUGUGGUCACUCCCCAGUGAUGCCCUGGAGCUCCUGGUUCCAGGUGAGUCUGGCAAGCCCUCCCUCCUGACCCAGCAGGGCCCCAUCGUGGCCUCUGGACAGAGCCUGACCCUCCAGUGUCGCUCUGAUGUCGGCUAUGACAGAUUUGCUCUGCACAAGGAGGGGGGAAAGGACCUCCCCCAGAGCCUUGUCCUGCAGCCCCAGGCCGGGCUCUCUCAGGCCCACUUUUCCCUGGACACUGUGAGCAGCUCUCACGGGGGCCGGUACAGAUGCUAUGGUGGAUACAACCUCUCCUCUGAGUGGUCGGCCCCCAGUGACCCCCUGGACAUCCUGGUGGCAGGACUCCUGUCUGACAGACCCUUCCUAUCGGUGCAGCCAGGCCCCGGGGUGGCCUCAGGAGAGAAUGUGACCCUGCUGUGUCAGUCCCAAACCUGGAUGGACACGUUCCUUCUGUCCAAGGAGGGAGCAGCCGAUCCCCCACUGCGUCUUACAUCAAAGUACCGAGCUCUGCAGUCCCAGGCAGAGUUCUCCAUGAGCCCUGUGACCUCAGCCCAUGGGGGCACCUACAGGUGCUACAGCUCACACAUCACCUCCCCCUUCCUGCUGUCAUACCCCAGUGAUCCCCUGGAGCUCCUGGUCUCAGGACCCUCUGGAGGCCCCAGCCCCCCACCCACAGGGCCCACCUCCACAGCUGCCUGUACACCCCAAGACUACACAGUGGGGAAUCUCCUCCGGAUGGGCGUGGCUGGAUUGGUCCUGGUGGUGCUCGUGGUGCUGCUAUUUCAGGCUCAAAACGACUACAAAAGGGCCCUGGGUGCAGCCAGAUGUGAACACAGGGGAACGGUGCAUCACUCAGAGUGGGAGAGCCUUGGAGCCCAUCUGAGGACCCCAGGAGGUGCUGAAAGAGAAUGUGGACUACAGUUGGGGGAACUCUCUGCUGAGAAUGUCCAGGAGGGAUGA